AUGGAGCCUUUCUACCUCAAGAACGUCGCGAAAUACCACUCGCUCGUCAACAAGAUUGGUCCUACGCUAAAGCCACGGGUAUCAACAGGAGAGGCUGGUCCGAACAUGAUUGUCAGUGCCAGAAUCAGACCUCUGUCGAACGACGAAGGCUUCCCCUCUGCCAUUUUCCCUCGGUCUAACCAGGAAAAUGUGGUGGACAUCCAUGAUCUCUACAAUCAUCCAAGAGGAAUUCCAAUACUCAAGUCCUUUGACUACCAGGUAGAUCGGCUCUUCAACUCAGAUUCAACCACAGAAGAGAUCUACGAAGAUCUCGUAGCCGACCUAGUCCCCUUUGCUUGGGAUGGCGGUAUCGGGACUCUCUUCGCUUACGGCCAGACAGGCUCGGGAAAAACAUUCACAGUCAGCAGACUAGAGCAACUUGUUACUGAAACGUUAAUGAACGGAAGUCUCAAAGGUGAAAGGGAGGUUUAUAUGACCAUCAUUGAUCUCGCCGGCAACGCCGCCUUCGACCUUCUGAAUGAGCGUGCGCCCAUAUCACUCCUUGAGGACUCCUUUGGAGCACGCAGAUGGUAG